CGAAGGAUCAAAAUAUAUCCUGUGUCCGUCGAGCGCACAAAAUAAUAGAAUUAAUCGCCUGCGAGCCCUUGAGACCAGUCACGAGUGCUCCGAUUUAACGUUCCAGACUGAUGGUUUCCCCCGGGUGCUGCCGCCUACGCCUCCUUGCAGAUGAACCCUGAAUAUGUCGACCGUGCUCUGUCGUCAACAUUAUUCUGCCGGUGGUCGAAACAUCAAUUGUUACUGUGGGUCUAACUUAAACUCAAGAACCCCUCACAAGGGCAGCUCCAUGUGAGGCAUGGAAGCUGUAUUGCAUAGCGCUUUGUGACUCGGAAUCCCUUUGAACGUGCGCAACGACUCGUGGGCUGCCUACCCGACGCACGACCAUGGCCACACAUUCGAGUCCGCUGGAAUUACAUCCACGAUUUACAAAUCCGUGGAAGGAGCCAUCCGUCAAAGCAUCACAGCAGAUAGGAGAAGCUCCGGACGGGCGGAUUGCGCAUACAUUGACAGCGUGUACUAGGUGUCGACAGCGAAAAUCUAGGUGUGAUCCUGGUAUUCCGAGAUGUUCCCCAUGCGAACGCAGUAAUGCCAAGUGCGUAUACUACGAUUCCGCCCGCAAGUGCACCAUACCGAGAACAUACAUUAUCUCCCUGCGCGAAAAAGCCCGCAUGUUAGAGAAAGAAUUGGCCGAUCUGGAGAAAGAUAUCCAACAUGCUGCAGAUGCCGAGCUCAUGGUCCGAGGGGCGGGGCGCAUUCGAUUCAAAGAGAAUGACGAGUCGAGGUACCUUGGGCCAUCCAGCGGUAUCGCAAUUACUCGUUUGGUCAUGGAGAUGGCCAAGCAGAACACAGACUCAAAAAGCAUCAAAGAUGUUGUUCCUGAAUUCACAGCACAAGAGAUCAAAGCAACAUUUGCGCUAGAAAGCUCUAAACCGACAUCGAAAGUCUACCCCAUGAUCAGCUCAAUCCCUCAACCUAAUCUACCCCCGCGUAAUCUGACUUAUCGACUGAUCGAUGUAUUUGUAGUCAAGGCGCAAGCUAUGCUACCGACGCUGCACGAGCCUUCUUUCCGCCAGGAGGUUGAACAGGUCUUCAAUGGCUCUGAUGACCCUUGCCUCAAUUUCCAACUCCGCAUGGUCAUUGCCAUCAGCAUGCAAAAAAUGAGCACCGAGUAUGCGGGAUUGGCUGACAGUUACUACUUGGCGGCACUACCAUAUUUAGAGGCCUCUCUUAGGCGAAUGGAUCUUAGGGCUCUGCAAUGCCUCGUCCUGAUAGCCCAAUACUCUCUGCUGACGCCCACAAGGACGGCUGCGUACUGGGUUGUCGGGAUGGCAGUCAAACUCUGUCAAGAUCUCGGGCUGACCGAAGAAGCGACAGUGACCAAGUCGCCGGAUGGGAGGUCACUGAACCCGUUGGAGGUUGACAUGCGAAGACGGUUAUUCUGGAUUGUCACCUCGAUGGAACUGGGCCUCGCGCAUAGCCUUGGUCGGCCAAGUUGCUAUUCUAUCCCCCAUGAUUAUAUCAACGUCAAAUUCUUCGAACUUGUGGACGAUCGAUACAUCACAGCCGAUGGAGUUCUUCCCGGAGGCACACCAAUCUUAGCCAAGUGCAUAGCCAUCCACUUUUUCAAGAUGAGAUUGCUACAGUUAGAGAUACGGCGAACUCUGUAUUUGAACAAGCGUGACACCCCUGCGAAUGAUCAAGACCCGUGGUUCUCGCAAAUGCUAGCCAAGCUCGACCACUGGGUGGCUUCUUGUCCUAAAAACGAUGGCGGUAGCGGAUUGAGCGAAAAAUGGUUUCAUGGCAGACGGAAUACGAUGAUCGUCUUCAUGUUCCGACCAUCCCCUCAAGUCCCGGAACCCUCCGUUGAUGCUGCACGAAAAUGCUAUGAAGCGUCGGUGUUCAAUGUUGCCAUGCAACGAGAGCAAAUCGCAACUGGGUCAGUUGAUCUGACCUGGAUUUUCACACAAUCACUCUUUAUGGCGCUCAACACCAUUCUCUGGUCCCUAUCGUACCCCGAUAUCCGAAGGGAGCAUCCCAUAGAGGAGGUCAGGGCUCAUCUCGACGUCGCUUUGGAAGCGAUGAUGCUUGCCGCGGAGAGGUGGCCCGGGGUUGAGUCCGCUUUGCUGUUGUACAAAAAUCUUGUGACUGCAUGCCUCAAGGCUUAUAAUACCGACGAAUCGUUUGUCGUUCAUUCGCCGUCCAACCAUGCAACACCGUCAUCCACACAGGACGUGAUUACUCCGCCUUCUAUUUCUAGCCCUUCUAGUACGACAACUUCAUUGCGAGCUGGGAAUCAUUCAAUUUAUGAUACUGUUUCAGUCGGCACUGUCUCAAGAGGACACUCCGCGGACCCGACUUUCCCAUACUCACAAGCAUCUCCGGCGGCAGCCGUGAGAGCCGAGUCACAAAAGCCUCCAUCAUACUCACAUUGGGAGACUGAACCCCCUCCAUUGCAACCGUCCGACUCGAAUUCUACGCAGGCCUCAUACACACCUCAGGGGUAUACUGAAUCAUCCACCGUAUUCUCUGAUGUUACUUUCAAUCCCACAACACCAUUUAAUUCUUUUCCUUCAGUAGUUCCGGGGUUGCCCGGUUGGGAUCCUAAUUACACUGUUGCCUCGACGACAGCGAGCCAUUUAACCUACGUUGAUGCUGCCGUUGACCCAAUGCGCUGGAUGGACACGAUUGAUGAUCAAUAUUCUCAGUAUUUCAAUGGAGCUUUUCCCAUUCCACCCUGGCGAGGACGGACGCUCAGUCAGCAAGAGCAGAUUGAGCUUAUGGCAUCCUUGGAGGAGAAUAUCCCCGACGUCUCCGCGCAACUUGUGAGAGAGUCGGCCACAUUUUAUCAGUCAUGAUCUUUGCGAUACUCCCGGUUGAAGAUCACCAAUCUUGAAUUUAUUCGCGAUAUGCAUGUCCUUAUUGUCUGCGAAUCCAAGCUAUACCCAUCCUGCUCUGUUCGAUAUUCUGGAAUAAUGUGCUCGGCUUGGUGUUGGGGCAACUUCUCACUUCAUAUCAAUGUCUUUACUAUCCUAGAUUAACCUACAAGUGUUUGACGGGAGAGGAGGUUAUACUGUAUUUGAAACGGUUGGCCACCGAGUUGACAGUGAUGGACUCUACUGAGUGAUAGUGAAUCGUUUCAAAUCCACUUCAUGAUUAACAUGGACAAUCCAGCAC